CAUGGCGGCGCCCGUCAGAAAUAGCCGCUUCCUCUCAUUUUUUCGCAAAGUGGGAAGUUGUUUUCUCAACUCGAUUGUCAUAACCCAGGCGGCCGCGACAGUGGUCAGAAUGGACUCGGAGAGGACAGCCAAGUUGGAGUUUACUGUGCAGAUGACAUGUGAAAGCUGCGCAAAUAAAGUUAGGGGUGCACUGGAGGGUAAACCAGGUGUGAAGUCGGUCCAUGUGGAUGUGCAGUCUGAGGCUGUUCUGGUGGAGACUGUGCUGACCAGUGCAGAGGUCCAGGCGCUUAUUGAGAGCACCGGCCGCAGAGCUGUACUGAAGGGCAUUGGAGGGUCACAGCAAGACCUGGGGGCAGCUGUGGCCAUGCUGUUUGGCUCAGGAGUGCAGGGUGUGGUGCGUUUCCUGCAGCUGUCUCCAGAGCGCUGCCUCAUUGAUGGCUCCAUCGACGGGCUGCAGCCUGGAGCCCACGGCCUCCACGUCCACGCUCUGGGGGACCUCACAUUGGACUGCCUCAGUUGUGGAGAGCAUUAUAAUCCAUUUGGACAGCAGCAUGGUGGACCAGGGGACUCUGAAAGGCACGUCGGAGAUCUAGGAAAUAUUGUUGCCAGUGAAGAUGGAAAAGCUUCGUUUAGGCUAGAAGAUGAUCAACUCAAGGUGUGGGAUGUGAUUGGCCGGUCUUUGGUCGUGGAUGCAGGAGAAGAUGAUUUGGGGCGGGGUUCUCAUCCUCUGUCUAAACUGACAGGAAACUCAGGAGAAAGACUGGCCUGUGGCAUCAUUGCUCGGUCAGCGGGUCUCUUUGAAAACCCCAAGCGGAUUUGUGCGUGCGAUGGAGUGACACUGUGGGAGGAGAGAGACAGGCCCAUUGCAGGAAAAGGUCGAAACAAGGCCAACAUGGACACACCGGCUGCUCACCUGUGACCUUUGUACCUGUGAACUUUACACCUGAAGGAUCACCAACAAAAUGAAAAGACAAGUUAUCAAAGAGGAGCUUUGUGCACCACAGCAGGUGACGGAGAGACUGAAUUCACACUUAUACACACCACAUCAAAACAGGACAAAACCUUGAACUAAACCUGGACUAGACCAUGACUAAACCAUGUCUACAACAGGACCAUCCCAAGUCUACAUCAGGACUAAACCAGACUGAACCAGGACAGGACAAGUGUGAAUACAGCCAAAGGUACAUGUUAGCAGAUUACCAGUGAACCAGCAAAGAUCUUUUUUUUUUUUCCCAAGUGUCAUUUGAAGAAAACUAAUUGUGAUGUUAACAGCAAAAAAAGUUAAUUGUUUAGUAAAGACAAUCAAAUAAUAUCAGGAUAUCAGAAAUGUGCUAUAACGUGCCUGUGAAUGUCCUGCAGAAAUCAAGUCGCGCUUCAUUCAUUCAUUUCUUCAAAACAAUUAUUUCAGUUAUGUAGACAAUGUAUUGUCCACCUCUGCUUAACAGCACUUAAAGAGAAAAUCAGUCUGCAGUCUAAUUUAUAAAAGACUAGGCAGCAGUACAUGGUUUAGAAGUUAAUUUAAUUUGCUACACUCAGUCUUUCAUCAUCAGAAUACGUGCUGUGCGAACAACAAUCUUUAGCCAUAGACUGUAUAAAUAAGUUGACUUGGUGAAGCAGCUAGCCCUUCUGCUGCUGUCUUUCAGGGUCAUUUUGGUCUUUAAAUGUUCUUAUUGACCUGCUCUAUAUGAUCCUAUUUUUAUUUUGCUAUUGUGUCCAUAAAUCAAGAUGUUAACAUUCUUUCCCCAAAUUCACUCCUAUAACUGCUUGCCUCGACAAGCUUCAGUUGAUUGGGGCCGAAUGCUAUGGGUGAUGUCAGACUCUCUUAGUCCACUUCUUUAUACAGUCUAUGUCUUUAACAGGCUUUUAAUCUUUAGUUAUGUGCGCUUGUAUCAUUGUAGUUUGAAGUAGCAGACAGGAGCAUUAUGGCUGGCUGUUAUGGAUUCUCCUGUAAUUGCUUUUCAUUGUGGUAAUUUGACACUAUUGAAUAAUUCUUAGUGUAUAGUUUUGGUUAAAUAUUACGUUGGAUCUAAGCUAUGUAUUUGCUUUUGUAUGACACAAAUUACUUGCCAAUGGUAUGUGAUUCUUAAGUUCCAUGGAAUUAGAAAUGUUAUUCUAUGUAUUGGCUACAUUUCAAAAAGGAAUGUUUAAUGAUGUGCCCUGGGUGUUUUUUUUAAUCAAAAUAUACAUAAAAGGUUUGUAGUACAAACAUUAUGUCAAACUUACGGGAAAUUAGUUAAAUACCUGUACAUAAUAUAUAAGGCCUUAAUUUUUUUGUUAUUGUCAAUUUUAAGCCACCAAGCCAAAGUGGCACUAAACUGCCUUUCCAAAUUAUUCUUAUUCGCUAUCAAAAAAGCAUUAAUAGAUACACAUGGUCGCAGUUGUGAUUCAGAGGUGGAUGCGCAGGGUGACGAAGGCCAUCAUCGCCGCUUGCGACUUUAAUGUUGAAUUGAAACCUGAUUUUCAUUUGUACUAUAGCACAGCAUAGACUUUUACACGUAAAAGGUUGAUUGUUUUCGCUGGAGUAGAGCAUCGCGCUUAAUCCUAAGUAUCAAAAUCGUGUUUGAGGGCUUGGCAAUCGAUCAAAUUUGGGGGGACUGCAGAUGGAAACUAGAUUUAGCUAAAUCUGGUGUAAAGCAUCUCUUAUUUUGAGAUCAAUGUGUUUACACAUGGUCCUAAUAGACUAAACAGUUGAAUGGAUUCAGUGAUGUCUAAUGGUCAAUGACCAGCUUGAGUCUUUAAUGGAGAGGUCUACUGCCAUGCCUCUGUUAGUGAAAGCAUGUGGUUUGGAGCGGAGUUCACACUUUGUGGGAAUAAAUUUGGCUUUUACAUUGCAAUGAUUAAAAGUAUCAUGUUGAAAGCCAUUUUAUUUAGAAAAUAACUAUUUUAAUUGAAAAAGUGUCUGUGUAAUCCCUCAGUUGUCCAAAUAUGUUUUAUAGUAAAAGAAAAAUUAAAAUCUGUCAACUGAACAAAAAGUUGUAGGAGUGAAGUAUACUGUCUAGCCCACAAUGGAGCUAGUCAGUAUGCUAAUAGGUGUGAGAGCACACUUUAGGGGCCUGAAUGAUUAUGCUAACGAUGACUCAGGCACAGUUUACACUUAGUGUACAAGCAGAAACUAAACAUUAGGUGUGUUAGUUUAAGUUUAGUUAGCUCCUCCCUUCAGACAGAUAUAAGGCAGUGUCCACCAGUAAUCUAACUAAAACUGAAGAAGCAGCUUGGAGGAGCAGCGAAAUGUCUUCACUCCUACAACUUUUUGUCCAGUUGACAGGUUUGAAUUUUUCUUUCACUAAAGUAUCAAUAUAAGAAAAAAAAUUUGCUUGCUUUUUUGCCAUAUCACCCAGCCCUACCUGAGCUCAUUCUAUAUGAAACCAAAAGAUGGAGUGAGUGACCUGAGUAGCAGAGGGAGGACAGGAAUGAGGGGAGGCAGAGUCAUGUUCCCUGUGGAGUGAAAGCAUCAGGGGUCAGUGUAAGUGAGAGGGGCUGGCUGCUCUUUCAACAUGGAGCUUCAAUAUACAGUUCACAGUGUAGCACUACUGUAUGUACAACCUCAAGGUGCUCAAGCUGCAGACCUGUGUGACAUUGCACCAUUCUACAGUCUGUGUGCUUGAACUGUGGUGAUUGUAGUCUUGUUACAACACUUAAAAACUCUAUUUUGAUACUAAAACCCAAUUACCAGUUUGCUUUUGUAAUGUUUUUAUUUUAAAUGUAGUAUUAUAGUAUAAACUGGCAAAUAACAGUAGUUUCUAUAAUAUUACUAAGAUAUGGUUCUAAUCUAUACUAAUCCCGAAACAGUCCAAGACCAUUAUGAAACUAUUCAGGAAAGGUUUGUCCAAUUGAUGUGUUUUUACCUGCUUAAACUAAUACCUAGUUUUCAUACUUGUUUUAAUAUCAGAGCGCCAUUUUUUAAUACUCGAUGAUUGACAGGAAAUAUCUGUGUAUCUUUUUGGUUUGGUAUAGUCUGAUAACUAUAAGAUCUGGUUUAAUAUUUGUGAAAUUGGUUUUGGAUAUUUCAUCUUUGCCAUUCUAUGAUCUGAAAACACCUCUGAAAACUCCACUUAUUACUUUAAAUGAGUUCAGCCUGAUUCACUAAAGGGUAUACAGUAUUUUGUUGUUAUUACACAAAUAUUAGCUCCACUGGAAUUUGUAUUUAUAUGCCAACUGCCUUGACAAUAAUAUUUGCACUUAAAUCAUUCCGUUCCAUUCCAUUCAUUAAAAUAAGUGUAAUUAAUG